GCGGCACGGGCCUCCUUUCCAGCUCCUCCAUUGGCCAGUUCCAUAAGGCGGAACCUGUGAGAGGUUGGAUUUUGAAGUAGUGAUAUUUCGGAGCCAGCGAGCGAUCUUAGUGAGACCCGGGAGCCUGUGGGAGAGGCCGCUGCAAACGCGCUGUUGACCUACAAAGACAUGACCACCAACACCAGCCCCACGCACCCCUACUGGCCUCGGCAUCUGAGACUAGACAACUUUGUGCCUAAUGACUGCCCCACCUGGCAUAUCCUGGCUGGCCUAUUCUCCGUCUCUGGAGUCUUAGUUGUGGCCACAUGGCUGUUGUCAGGGCGUGCUGCGGUCGUCCCACUGGGGACUUGGCGGAGACUGUCCCUGUGCUGGUUUGCAGUAUGUGGGUUCAUUCACUUGGUGAUUGAGGGCUGGUUCAGCCUCUACCACGCGGACCUUCUCGGAGACCAAGCCAUCUUAUCUCAACUCUGGAAAGAGUAUGCCAAGGGAGACAGCCGAUAUAUCCUGAAUGAUAACUUCACGAUAUGCAUGGAGACAGUCACGGCUUACCUGUGGGGACCACUCAGCCUGUGGGUGGUGAUUGCUUUUCUCCGCCAGCAACCCCUCCGCUUUGUCCUACAGCUUGUGGUCUCUAUGGGUCAGGUAUAUGGAGAUGUGCUCUAUUUCCUGACAGAGUACCGUGAUGGAUUCCAGCACGGGGAGCUGGGCCACCCACUCUACUUCUGGUUUUACUUUGUUUUCUUGAACUCCCUGUGGCUGGUGGUGCCCGGACUCCUCAUACUGGAUUCUAUAAAGCAACUUGCUCAUGCCCAGAGCAUACUGGAUGCCAAAGCCCCCAAAGCCAAGAGCAAGCAGAACUAAAGAGUGAUGAACUAGGCUUAAACACCGGCUAUUGAGGAACUCUCCACCUACCAGAAGAUCUCAAUCCUUGCUCCCACAGGUUGGAAGGACAAAUCGAAUUGAUCUGUCAAGCUCAGGUCGAUGGGUGGGCAGUGGGAAGAAAGGAGCCAUGUGGAGCCACUGUCAGGAGCCAAUAGGACAAAGGUACAAGAGAACCUAGGAAGUCUGUGAUGGGGACAAUUUUUUAAAUCAGGAAAUAAAGAUCUUGACCCUA